UUGUCACUCGUUGCCUGAAACGGCCCAUAUUCGAUUUGCUAAAGCACCGUGUGACUCGCAUGGAUCACAAUCUUUUUGACGUGAUCUGGCCUUCUGUGAAAAAGUACGGUAGCAUCACGGCCAACGGUGACAAGACCAGCGGCAGCGCUUACUCGAACAUCAGCAGCGUCGUGGACGAAGAUCACGGUUACGGGGUGGUCGCGCCCGAUUUUGAAAGUUAUGUCGUCUUUUCGGAGUUUUUCGAUCCCUUUGUUCGGGAGCUGCAUUGCGUAACCAUGAGCGGCGACCUACCCGAUCACCCGUCACCACAUUUCUUCAACAUCAACGUAGAUACCGAGGAGGAUGAAGAAGCCCAGCCGGAUGAAUCGAUCGUCUCCGCGAUCGAACAGUACGAUCUAGAUCCGACCAAUAAAUUUGUCCAAGCUGGUAUUUUAGAGUGUACGCGGAAUCUAGCCAAUUACACCUUACCAUUGACUUUGACGGUCAAUCAACUGGAAGAAGUCGAGAGGGAAAUCACCAAUCAACUAAUGAGUCCAGAGAUAAGUGUCCUGAUGGCUGAAGGUAGCAGCGAAGACGAGGCCGGCACGUAUUUCACACUCAACGAAAUUCUCGAACAACCCAGUCGAAUACGGGCGCAACUGGCGGCAGCUGGGUUACUAUUGCCGAUCACAGAGGUCGAAGUGAACGACGACCGGCGUCUUCACGGCAAGCACUGGCCUUACGGACGCGGUGUGUACGUCACCACCGCUGGCGAUCUCGCCGCAUGGGUGAACGUCCAGGAUCACUUGAGGAUCAUUUGUCGCACCAACGAGAACCGGCCAGGCCUGUUGGGUCGCGCCUAUGUCAGAGUGGCUAAACUCAUGCUGAUAUUCGAUCAGAGGCUGAAGUUUAAACGGGAUGAGAAGCUGGGUUUCUUGACCGCGCGUCCGCACACUCUCGGCAACACCAUCAGAUUCUGCCUGAUCUUGCGAUUCCCUGAACUUUCGAAAACGCCUGAAAAUUUGAAGCACCUAUGCGUGACGCGCGGCCUGAACGUACGCGACACCGUGAAGAGCGACAUGGUGAGGGUCGGUAAUCAGCAAUCGCUAAGCAUUACCGAACUACAAACCCUUCAGGACUUUUCCAAAGCGGUGCACAAUAUCAUUACGCUGGAGAAGGAAUUGUCUGUGAACAAUUCGAUGAAGAUCGCCAAUCUCAUCACCGGCAUAUUUCGCAAGCGGACGACCGUAUCGAGGAGCCUCAGGACGGAGCUAAAUUCCUAGACGAAUCGAUGGUCACGAUUACGAGGGACAAUAACGUUAGAUUCUAAGUUUUUAAGGAUGAUCUGUAAUUCAAUCAUCUUCUGCCUGCUAGAUCAAACUGAUAAAUAACAGCUUGCCAAAAACAAACUCGCCAUGAUUACCAAACGAGAAUUAUUGGAAAUAACCGCAAUUUUUAUGGAUAAUUUUAAAUAACUGAUCAAAAAACACCAUCAAUCUAUUCUGGAGAAUUUUGUGUGGCAAAAGCUCUACUCAGAAAUAUUUAGACAUUAAGAAGCGAAACGACUGAUUCAUCGUGUACUAGAUAUUCUUGUUCGACGUAAAAUGAAUCAUGAUCUCCAUUUUCAAUUGCGGUACUAAAUGUUUGACACAUGCGGUACUAAAUAAAUGACUUAUCGACAUUAAUUGCGAUACUAAAUGAAUAACUUAGUGACAUUCUAGGUGAUAACUUAAUUUUUUAUUCAACAACAUUAGUGAUCAUCGAUCGUCUUGGAAAAUCUCGUUCUUUAUCUUCACUUAAGUCUUUGUAUAAGAAACACUUACGCUUAUUCAUGGAAAUCUUCUGUGAUAAUUAUCAGCCAAUGUUUGAGCGUCAAUUAUUCUUCACAGACUGAGCUUUUUAAAUAACAUUUAUAACUAUAAUGAGCGAGAGGGAGAAAGAGAGAGAUAGAGAGAAGGAAAUGCGUUGGAAAGAUGUGUGAACGUUAUUUUGUUUUCUCUCGUGCACCCAGCAUCUCUCUUACGAAAUUACGCUAAAUAAUAAUAGUAGUCGCUC